UCAUUGGGCUAUUUAAAUGCUAUCGUCGGAGUUGCACUUCUGGUUUACAGCACUUGAGUUGAACACACAGGCCACAAAGGUGAAAGCACCAUGAUGGAUCUUUUUGAGACCAACGCUUAUUUUUUCAACGAUUUGCGCUAUCUCGAUGGGGACAGUGGACCCUUGCAGAAUUUGGAAAUUACCGGAGUGUCUCCUUUGUACCAAGGGAGUGAUAGCCCCUUAUCUCCAGGACAAGAUCAGGUUCCUUCCGAGACUGGUUGUGACAGCAGCGGGGAAGAGCAUGUUUUAGCACCUCCAGGGCUCCAACCACACUGUGAGGGACAGUGUCUCAUCUGGGCUUGCAAGACGUGUAAAAGGAAAUCCGCCCCAACAGACCGAAGGAAAGCAGCAACUCUCAGAGAGAGAAGGCGGCUCAAAAAGAUCAACGAAGCGUUUGAAGCUUUAAAGAAAAAGACGGUGCCAAACCCAAGUCAGAGACUGCCCAAAGUGGAGAUUCUACGCAGUGCAAUAAAGUAUAUUGAGAAACUUCAGGACAUUUUACAUAAUCUGGAUCAUCAGGAAAAAACGCAAGAAAAUGACCCUUUUAACUAUAAUCUUAAAGAACAUCAUGUUUCCAGCGUGGAGUCCUAUGGAAGAAACACUUGUCAUUACAACUGGCAAACAAUUUCCGACCAUUCUAAUUUAUCAUCUAUGAAUCAAAGAGAAGGAUCCGGUAUUGAGUCUUCAGCUUCAACCAGUCUCCGUCGUCUCUCUUCCAUAGUGGACAGUAUAUCAAGUGAAGAACGAAAAACAACGUACAGCGAAGAUGCCUCUGAAAAAUAAGUUUUUUUUUUUCUGAGGCAAAGACGCUUUUUCACAUUUCCAGUACAGUAUUUUCAUAAACUUACGAGUAUUUCCAUUUGCGACGGCAGUGACUUUCGACUCGUGAGUCUGUUAGCCAGCGCUACUGCUUAAACAGUAUAUCUAAAUAUUGAAACUUUCAUGAUAGCUUUUCAUUCCCCAAAUGAUUCGUAGUUAAAACCGAAUGGUCUUUUUUUCUUAACGUUUUAACGAGAGACUGCUGUAAAUAUUAAUUUAUUCAUAUUUUGUAAUUAAC